AUGGCGACCCUCGCUGAACACCCGUCACACCACGCUUCCCCUAUGCCGACCAUGCCCACUAGCUACGACCAAGAACUCGACUCCUUUAUCAACUUCGAUCAGCUCGCCUACUCCUCCGCCGACGCCGCUCGGGCCAAGGUCGCCUUGACCAGCCAACCCUCGGUCGCAAGCACCGAUUUCAGCGCCAGUGAUACCCGGAGUGCCAGUUUCGCUUCCAGUGGACAGUCACCAAUCGCCUUCCAAGCCCCAAGCCAUCACUACGAAGAGCACCGCCAGCAAACUGGUCUGCCUCCCGGUGCCUUAUCUAUGACCUACAACCAACAACAGCAACAGCAGCAGCAACAGGUGGCACACCCCAUGGGCUUCAACGGAAACCAAGGCUUCCAGGUAAAUGGAGACAUGUAUGCUCAGAUGAAGCGGGAGGAGGCUCCCUUCGACUUCAGCGCUGCCCCGACCCGAAACCCAUCUGAGAUGGACAUUGAGUCUGAUGGCAUGAACUCCACUCCUUACUACUUCUCGGCGAAUCCCGGCAACAAGAGCCAAUUCGUCGACCCCAACGCUCUCGGAGGCCAUGAGCUGGCUCAGGCUGGUCCUUCUACACAAGUGGGUCGUAUGUACCCUGGUAUGCAUCAGCAGCAGGCUGCGAUGGCCAAGGCCGCCCAACAACAGAAGCACAAUGAGAUGGUCCGUCACCAGAUGCAGCAGCGCCGUGUCGAGGAGGCCGCCACUCCCAUGCAAACCCGUGGUCCUCGCAACCCCGACCCCGUUGUCGAGGAGCGUAUCUCUCGUCUUUUGCAACAGAUGCGUGCCAAUGCCGUCGCUGCCGGUGAGGCUUCUCCUUCUCCUUCGUCCGGCCUUCCCCAGAUGGCCAAGGCCCGUAAGGACGAGGCCGACAUGGAUGAGGAUGAGCGUCUUCUGGCUAGUGAAGAGGGCAAGAAGCUGAGCAGCAAGGAGCGCCGUCAAUUGCGCAACAAGGUGUCUGCUCGCGCUUUCCGGUCCCGUCGCAAGGAAUACAUCGGCCAGCUCGAGAGUGAAGUCGCUGCUCGCACCAACGAGGCCCACGAGGCCCGCCUGCAGAACCGUGCCCUUUACGAGGAGAACGCUCGCUUGAACGACCUUGCUCGCAUGCUUUUGGGAUCCCCUCAUUUCGCCAACUUCUUGAACGAGAUGCCCGACAGCGUGCCGGCUCAGGUCCCGGCCCACCAGCAACCCCAGCAGCAACCCCAGCAAGCGCCCAAGGAGCCCAGUGCUCCCCGCCCCCAAGAAUUCCAGAUGCAGCAACACCCCCAGCCUAACAUGGUUAUGGUCCCGAACCAGGGCAUGGAUGCCUCUAUGCUUAACAGUGGCUGGAACUCUGGAAUCGACAUGAACUACGGAAACACUCCUGUCUUUGCUGUGCUCGACGUUCCCCAAGGUCCUUGUUUUGAUGCCGAGGUUCUGUCCGGCAAGUCUUCGCUGGGUUCAUCCGAGCCUGCCAAGGAUGAGGCACCUGUCUUCGACCACCCCCAGGGGGAUGUUGCGACUCCCAAGUCAGACAUCGGUGUUGCUAACUCCGAUAUUGAGAUUGACGAGUCCGACCCUGCCUUUGCUCUCUUUAUCGACUCUCCUGCGUCCUUUGCUCCUUCUGAUAUCUCUUCUGACGGUGUUCAGACCGAGCUUGUUGUGGACGCCGCUCAGGCCUCCGCCAUCGCUCAAGCCCGCUUCAAUACCCUCUGCUCCAGUAUCGAAGCCGCCUUUGACCGGGUGUCUCAUGUCACCUCCUACCUCCAGUGA